AUGGAUCCAAGGUUGGACCCAAAGUGGGACAUACACUUUCCCGAUGCAAGUUCACGACCAAAGUAUGGGGACCAAAUGAUCUCUUCUUAUAAUCUCUCCUUCAUUUACACCUGUGCCAAUUAUCCCGAUGAUGACGGACUUAUACUAGCGGAUCCCGAAAACAAGAGAGUGUUCCUAGCUACACUUCGAGUCCUCUUUGGCAAUGCCAGAACGGAUAUUCCUUAUGUGGUCACCACCUUCGAGGAUCCGGACCAUUGGAUCACCAAAAAGGUAGCUGCAGUGGCGGAUAAGUACAUAGACGAGCUACUUGCCGACAUUCAAACGUUGUCUUCGCCCGAAAAAGAAGCAAAGGCUACGAGAGAGGAAAUCGUCAAGAUCUAUGCCGGCGCGUGUUGGUAUGACCCUGAGGGAACAGGUUUCGAACCCGCCGAAUUGCGUAUUCUACUCGGUGCCUUGAUUGGCAUGAAAAAAGGCGAACGCGUCAGGGCGAUACCCCCGUUUGUCCGUUCCUUUAUUGAAGACGAUGAAGAUACUUUCACGGAAGAAGUGAAAAGAUUCGCGAGCUUGAGAAAGGAUGAAUUGCUUGGCGAAGUCGACGUUUUGUGGCGGAAUCAUGUGACGAAGGAUUUGACACCCCCAGCGCUUGUUGAGCCUACACCGGCUGAACCUUCAAUCCCGGCCGGAUACAGAAACGUCGGCUCUGCCUAUGGCGCGCCAGACAUAAGGCCAGUGCCUGGUGGCCUGAGCACAAUCAGCCAUCCUUCAUCUCAAACUCCAGCUUCUGGGCACGAGCAAGACUUCAUCCUGGGCCAACUCCCUGAGGGGUCUCAGUUCCAGUCCGAGCACGAAGGGUUGUAUGGGCACCAGACUGUCCUCGACAAAGAAAGCCCUCCUUCCAGUAACGCAGAAAUCUCUGCCUCCUCCUCCUCGAGACGAUCAGCAUCGCCCACGGGAGCUGGAGUGAAACGCCAAACCGAGGAUGAGAAAGCUCGUCGGAACACAGCAAAGGGAGGUAGCGAGAAGAAGGCGGAUGAAGGUGACGAGAAGAAACCUAGGGACAGUCGUCAGAAGAAGGCUGUUAGAGUCAAUUAUCAGGACAAGAAGGGUCAUCCCCUUCGACCAAAGUAG